AACUGAUCUGAUUCUCUCUGUCGUCUGUCUGUGUGAGAGUGAACAACCGUCCAAAUGACUCAACAGGGAGUUCUGCUGGACCAGGACCAGUUCUGUUGUUCUGUCUGUCUGGAUCUACUGAAGGAGCCGGUCACUACUGCCUGUGGACACAGUUACUGUAGGAGCUGUAUUGAGGGCUGCUGGGAUCAGGAUGUUCUGAAAGGGGUCUAUAGCUGUCCUCAGUGCAGAGAGACCUUCACUCCAAGGCCUAAUCUGAGGAAAAAUAACAUGUUGGCUGAGCUGGUGGAGAAACUGAGGAAGACAGGACUCCAGGCUGCUCCCCCUCCUCCUCUGUGCUAUGCUGGACCUGGAGAUGUGGCGUGUGAUGUCUGCCCUGGGACCAGAAAGCAGAAAGCCCUCAUGUCCUGUCUGGCGUGUCUGGCCUCUUACUGUGAGACUCACCUCCAAUCUCACUAUGAAUAUCCUGCUUUGAAGAAGCACAAGCUGGUCAAAGCCACCGCACAACUACAGGAGAAGAUCUGCUCUCAUCAUGACAAACUGCUGGAGGUUUACUGUCGUACCGAUCAGCAGUGUAUCUGUUAUCUGUGUACAAUGGAUGAACAUAAAGGCCAUGAUACAGUGUCAGCUGCAGCAGAGAGGACUGAGAAACAGUGGCAGCUGGGGAUGAGUCAGCAGAAGGUCCAGCAGAGAUUCCAGGAGAGAGAGAAGGAGCUGAAGGAGCUCCAACAGGCUGUGGAGUCUUUCAAGCGCUCUGCACAGGCAGCAGUGGAGGACAGUGAUCAGAUCUUUACUGAGCUGAUCCGCUCCAUUGAGAGAAGGAGCUCUGAGGUGAAGGAGCUGAUCAGAGCCCAAGAGAAGGCUCAAGUGAGUCAAGCUGAAGGACUCCUGGAGCAACUGAAGCAGGAGAUAGCUGAGCUGAGGAAGAGAAGCACUGAGCUGGAGCAGCUCUCACACACAGAGGAUCACAUCCAUUUCCUCCAGGUAACUAAACUGUCUUGUUACAUGUUCUCUCUCUCUCUCUCUCUUUCUCUCUCUCUCCAGAGUUAUCAGUCUCUCUCCAGUAUCAGUGUAUCUUCAGACUUACCCAGCAUCGUUGUCCGUCCUCUUCAGUACUUUGGAGAUGUGAGUAAGACUGUGUCUGAACUGAGAGAGAAACUAGAAGACUUCCUUAAAGGAGAAUGGACCAAGAUCUCCACUACAGUGAAUAUAGUGGAUGUUGUACUGCCUCCAGAGCCCAAGACCAGAGAACAGUUUUUACAAUAUUCCUGUCAGCUCACACUGGACCCAAACACAGCACACACACUCCUCUCUCUGUCUAAAGGGAACAGAAAGGUGACCUAUACACGCCAAGUCCAACCAUAUCCUGACCAUCCAGACAGAUUCAUCAACAUCUACCAGGUUCUGUGUAGAGAGGGUCUGUCUGGACGCUGUUACUGGGAGGUGGAGUGGACUGGUGUUGUUUAUACAGCAGUCUCAUAUAAAGACAUCAGCAGAACAGAGAGAGGUAAUGAUGGUGUAUUUGGAAACAAUAACAAGUCCUGGAGUUUACAGUACUAUAAUGGUGAUUAUUGUUUCAGACACAAUAAUGUUGUGACUAAAGUCUCAGGCCCUCAGUCCUCCAGAGUAGGAGUGUACCUGGAUCACAAGGCAGGUACUCUGUCCUUCUACAGUGUCUCUGACACAAUGACCCUCCUCCACAGAGUCCAGACCACAUUCACUCAGCCCCUCUAUCCUGGGUUCGGUCUCUCUGGUACUGCUGAGCUGGUUAAACUGUAGUAGGGUCCACAUAGAUACUAGUCAUGCUGGUGUAGUCUAUAGCUGAGCUGGUUAAACUGUAGUAGGGUCCACAUAGAUACUAGUCAUGCUGGUGUAGUCUAUAGCUGAGCUGGUUAAACUGUAGUAGGGUCCACAUAGAUACUAGUCAUGCUGGUGUAGUCUAUAGCUGAGCUGGUUAAACUGUAGUAGGGUCCACAUAGAUACUAGUCAUGCUGGUGUAGUCUAUAGCUGAGCUGGUUAAACUGUAGUAGGGUCCACAUAGAUACUAGUCAUGCUGGUGUAGUCUAUAGCUGAGCUGGUUAAACUGUAGUAGGGUCCACAUAGAUACUAGUCAUGCUGGUGUAGUCUAUAGCUGAGCUGGUUAAACUGUAGUAGGGUCCACAUAGAUACUAGUCAUGCUGGUGUAGUCUACAGCUGAGCUGGUUAAACUGUAGUAGGGUCCACAUAGAUACUAGUCAUGCUGGUGUAGUCUAUAGCUGAGCUGGUUAAACUGUAGUAGGGUCCACAUAGAUACUAGUCAUGCUGGUGUAGUCUAUAGCUGAGCUGGUUAAACUGUAGUAGGGUCCACAUAGAUACUAGUCAUGCUGGUGUAGUCUAUAGCUGAGCUGGAUAAACUGUAGUAGGGUCCACAUAGAUACUAGUCAUGCUGGUGUAGUCUAUAGCUGAGCUGGUUAAACUGUAGUAGGGUCCACAUAGAUACUAGUCAUGCUGGUGUAGUCUAUAGCUGAGCUGGUUAAACUGUAGUAGGGUCCACAUAGAUACUAGUCAUGCUGGUGUAGUCUAUAGCUGAUCUGGUUAAACUGUAGUAGGGUCCACAUAGAUACUAGUCAUGCUGGUGUAGUCUAUAGCUGAGCUGGUUAAACUGUAGUAGGGUCCACAUAGAUACUAGUCAUGCUGGUGUAGUCUAUAGCUGAGCUGGUUAAACUGUAGUAGGGUCCACAUAGAUACUAGUCAUGCUGGUGUAGUCUAUAGGUGAGCUGGUUAAACUGUAGUAGGGUCCACAUAGAUACUAGUCAUGCUGGUGUAGUCUAUAGCUGAGCUGGUUAAACUGUAGUAGGGUCCACAUAGAUACUAGUCAUGCUGGUGUAGUCUAUAGCUGAGCUGGUUAAACUGUAGUAGGGUCCACAUAGAUACUAGUCAUACUGGUGUAGUCUAUAGCUGAGCUGGUUAAACUGUAGUAGGGUCCACAUAGAUACUAGUCAUGCUGGUGUAGUCUAUAGCUGAGCUGGUUAAACUGUAGUAGGGUCUACAUAUAUACUAGUCAUGCUGGUGUAGUCUAUAGCUGAGCUGGUUAAACUAGUAGGGUCCACAUAGAUACUAGUCAUGCUGGUGUAGUCUAUAGCUGAGCUGGUUAAACUGUAGUAGGGUCCACAUAGAUACUAGUCAUGCUGGUGUAGUCUAUAGCUGAGCUGGUUAAACUGUAGUAGGGUCCACAUAGAUACUAGUCAUGCUGGUGGUGAUGGUCCCAGAUGUG